AUGGCGGCUUUCCGCGACAUGGAGGAGCUGUGCCAGGGGCUGCUGAGCCUCCUGGGCGCCAACCACGCGGCGGCGCAGCAGCGGCGGCUGCUCGGGCGCUACGGGCAGAUGGUGGAGCGGCUGCUGGAGACGCAAGACGGCGCCGAGCAGCAGCUGCGAGAGAUCCUGAAGGCAGAGAAGGAUGUGGCCCAGAGCCUCCUCGAUGCGAAGGAGCUGGCGAGCCAGGGCGGUGCCGAGUUGCAGCAGAUCGAAGCCAAACUUCAGAAGGCCAGCGAGCAGGACACUCACCUGCAGGGAUCCUUAACUUCCUGCUCUACUCAGCUCACCAGGGAGCUAGAGGACCUCAAGGAGGUUGAGGCUGAUCUCGAGAAACAGGAGAAGGAAGUUGACGACGAUACAACGGUCACCAUCCCUGCAGCCAUGUAUGUGGCUCAGCUUUACCACCGAAUUAGUAAAAUUGAGUGGGAUUAUGAGUGUGAACCGGGGAUGGUCAAAGGCAUCCACCGCGGCCCCAGCGUGGCCCAGCCCGUCCACCUGGACAGCACCCAGCUCUCCGCCAAGUUCAUCAGCGACUACCUCUGGCGUUUGGUGGACACGGAGUGGUAG